CCUGAGGUGUUUCUCCAUCUCAUUCGAAAGGAUGCCGACUCCUCCGAGCGGGUCCUCAUGGACAUGCGCUGGGGCCUGGUUCCCUCCUGGUUCAAAAACGACGACCCCUCCAAAAUGCAGUUUAAUACCUCCAACUGCCGCAGCGACACCAUGCUGAAGAAGUCCUCCUACAAGGGUGCUCUCCUGAAGGGCAAGCGCUGCGUGGUGCUGGCAGAUGGCUUCUACGAGUGGCAGCAGCAGCAGAGCGGGUGGAAGCAGCCGUAUUUCAUUUACUUCCCCCAGACCAAGGACGCUGUGGCCGAGGAGAAGGAGGGAGGCGAGGAGAAGGAGGGAGACGAGGAAUGGAGAGGCUGGAGGUUGCUCACCAUGGCUGGGAUUUUCGACUGCUGGGAGCCACCAUCGGGAGGAGAAAUGCUGUACACUUACACCAUCAUCACCGUGGAUGCCUCCAAGGACGUCAGCUUCAUCCAUCACAGGAUGCCAGCCAUCCUGGAUGGGGAUGAGGCCAUCAGGAAAUGGCUGGACUUUGCUGAAGUGCCAACCCAAGAAGCCAUUAAGCUCAUCCAGCCCACGGAGAACGUCGUUUUCCACCCCGUGUCUACCUUUGUCAACAAUGUCCGCAACAACGCGCCCGAGUGUGUUGCACCCAUCGAGCUGGGAGCCAAGAAGGAGGUCAAGGCCACCCCGAGCAGCAAAACGAUGCUCAACUGGUUAAAAAACUCCCAGGAGGGCUCUCCCCAGAAGAAAGAAAAUGAUUUGCCGAAGUGGACAAGUCAGUUCAUCCACAGCCCUUCACCAAAGAAAAGCAGUGCAAAUAUCCUGCAGCAGUGGCUGGGGAAGGAGGGGGAGCCGGUUGCGAAGAAGCGCAAGGCUUAGGCACCAGCUGGGAUGGCUGGCCAUCCUUUUUCCUUCUGGUUUUCAUAAGCAGAACGGGGAAUGGUUUUUUGGAAGGUUUUGCAGACUGGUUUCAGGAUUCUCCGAGUCUCUCAGGUGUUGAUCCGAUGCUCUAGGUUGUUAUCUCUGUUCUUUGUGUCUUGUUAAGGGUUUGUCUUUGUCUUUAAGGGUUUUGGGUUUGUCUUGUGCUGACGGGAGUGAAUAUAACCUGCUGGCCUCCCUCCCUGCCAGUCACUUGUGCCAAGUGAAGAUAAAGCCCUGACAUCUCAGCCUGCUGGGGAGGAGCAGCUUCUGCCUUCUGACAGUGUUCAUCUUUCUUGUCUCCUUCUGUUUUCUUCUGUUUUCCUUUUCUUUUUUUUUGCUAUUAAACUGAUACCUCUUUUCCAUUUAAUUCCAUAUGGAUUCUAUACAAUUUCUAAUACUCUUGCCCUCAAAAAAUGGCUGCGGUACAGAGGAACAUGAAAUAAAUACUAGGGGGAAACCCCAGGCUGGGAAGAUCUGGGGUUGUCAUCCCCACUCUGCACCACCGUUGCCACGUACGUGCGUGGCUCCUGACCAGGGAGAUGUUUACACGGCGCUGGGGAGGAACUGGACUUUGCUCGGGUUUCCCUGCGGGCAGCGGGGUGGGACAGCCUGCCUUGGUCACGUUGUUUGGACAAUCAUUUUUGUUAAUGGGAUUUGAAGACUUAGAGAGGAUUUUCUUGAUCUGUGGAGGGAUGUGCUCUGCCUUGUUCGUAAAGGUCAUUCAUUAAAGCCCAGAUAACCAAAGUGCUGUUACAGAACAGCCUUGGGCCGUUGCUUUUGAGGUCAGGGAUUUUGUCAACAGAGACAGAUGUUACAGACCAAAAGCCUUACACGGUGGCACCCUUGCAGUGCUUCAUUUGUAUUGGAAGCAAUAAAAUGGGAUUAACUGGU